AUGCGGGAGGCAGUGGGUGACGAUGUAAUGAUCUCGAAAGAGACGAUCGAUUGGGUCAACGAGUGCACAGGCACAUUUCUACAGCUGAUUGGACAGGAGGCCAAUACAGUUGCAGAAAAAGCAGCAAAGAAGGAAAAUUACCGCAUCUCACACGAGCACGUGAUUACUGCGCUCGAGAAUCUUGGAAUGCAGUACUAUGCUGAUGAAAUCAAAGCUCUUCAAGGUUCCAUGGCGCUAGAAACACAGAAAAAGAAAGAGCGAACAGCCUCGCGGAAAACGGCAAUACAAACUACCUCGCGCGACGAGUUGUUGGCUGAGCAGACGGCAUUGUUUAAACAAGCAUCGUUGAAAGCGACAAAGGAGGGGUGGUAA